GAGGUCGUUCGAAAAUUUCUUAUUCUGAAGUAAACAAUAACAGUAACGUCAACACAAAGCACCGAGGAGAAAUUUAGUGCCAUGUUUUCCUAGCGUAACUUUGAUGAUUUUCGUUUUAUUUAUUUUUAGAUGUCUGUGUUGUGUUAUCUCAUCCAAUUUGUGAAAAUACGUCAUAUCCACAUUUACGUAUUGCUAUGAUUCUUCGAACAGUUGCAAUAUAUUUUCAUAAGUUAACUAUUGUAAAUUUCAUGCUGUGUCAUACAUAUGGGAAAAAAAAUUAAUGCUUUACAUGUAUUCUUUGGUGCUACUAUUAAAAGGUGAAUGAUUUUAUUUUAUUUGUGGAAGACAGCUACUUACAGAAAUGUUGUAUGUUUUCGUUGUGAGCACUGGUACUAUGAUGAAAUUUGACAUGAAUCUUGCUGUCAAAAAAGUCAUUGAGCUAAAAAUAGAGAUAUCCAAAUAUGUUGAAAUUGCAGUAGAGGAUCAAGUUUUACUGUGCAGUGGUGGAGAGGAGUUAAAAUCUGACAAUAUCGUUGGAAAUUACUUUGGAGCUGGAACUGAUACCAACCCAAUUUUUCUUUUUAACAAAUAUGUUGAGCCAGAGUCUCAAUUUCCUUAUGACGUUCCUUUACGUACAUCAAUAGAUCUUAGCAUAGAGAAUGAUGUCAGAGCCUGUGCUAAUAUGAGUCCAAGUAGUAAUGCUGCAACAGUAAUGUCAGCUCUAGCACAAAAAUUUGCAGAUGCUGCUGUAAACGGACGUCGAGAAUGUGAUGAACUUGUGCACGGUCAACAUCUUCAGCAGCAAGGCUGGGCAGCAGUCAUUGCAAAUUUAGAAGACGCUAAAGAUUCUCUUAUGAAGCGAUGGUCUUAUUUUCAAGAAAUGUUUCAGAAAUACUUAGCAAAUCGCUCCGGAUACAAAGAAAUCAUCCAAACGUUCCCUGAUGAUAUUGAAUUGCUCUCUAAAGUUCCACUUUUACCUAAAUUAAUGCUUGGAAAUGAAUGCAUUGAAGAGGAUAUAGCUACUGAACACACAUUGCUUUCAUGGUUUUGCUCAGAGCCUAGACAAUAUUUGGAGGCAUUAGCUGAAAAGUGCCAGUAUUCCUUAGAUGAGAUUGGUGAACAUUCAUUAUUAGAAAUACAAAAUAAAAUUGCGAUAGUUCUAGCAGACGCUAAUAAACCUACUAUAAAAGAAGUGAAAGGUAUUGAAGAACGGCUAUCUUUGCUCAACAGACGAAUUGAAGAUGCUAAAAAGUAUGAAAAAGAUCAACGUAAUCUCGCCAAUUGGUUCAAUCAGACACAAGGUCGCAUUAGCAGGGAUCCUCAGGUUUUGCCAGAUUUAUGUGGGACUUUCCAAAUUCAACUAGAACUGAUGCUGGAAAAUCACAAGUGCCUUGGAGAUAUAUUAGAUAGAUGUUCUAAGGCUAAAACGGAAUUGACUGAAAGCAUUAAUAGCAGGGUUAAAUACAUUUGUGGUGUAGAAAGCAAUAUGUAUAAUUUGCAAGUUGAAAUAAUAUUCCUAGAAAAGCGUGUCAGAUCUCUCACAAGUCAAAUUGAAAGUUUCCAACAAGUGCAUCUUGCCCCUCAAAGGUACCUGAAAAUGCUUGCUGAGGUCUGCCGCAGAAAAGUAUUUUCUUCAAAUUUUAUGAAGUGGGCUACAGAUUUGUCGGCGCAAGCUUGUAAAUUAUAUGAUAAAGAAAUUUCACUCAGAAAUAGUUUUGGUGCUGCAAGUACAAAAAAUAUGGUUGACAAUUUAUUUCCUGGAAUGGAUGAUGUGCCACCUCCUUUCGCUAUUGAAUGUCCCAGACCUUUUGAUCAGAAUUUGCCUAAUAUUGUGAAAGAAGAUUUAGAAGUUUUAAGGAUUCGAUUACCAGAAUUAUCCCCUUUUUGUGAAGUGCCAGCUCCUGAUCCCAUGCCAUAUAUUUCACAAGUUGAAUCAGACUCUGCAUUCAGCAGUAACAUUCCUUCAUCUCGUAUUGCCGGUGAAUCUGCUGAAUCAGGACAAAAGUCUCUGCCAGAUAAAAGUCAGUCAUCUCCUCAAAAGUUAGCAGCACCUUCGACAGACUACAGCAGUCUUCCUAGUGAGUUUGCUAGCUUACCCAACGAAGUUUUUAGCCUUACAUCGAGUCCCUUUGAGGAUCCCCUGUCUCAUGCUGUAGACCUUGAACUUGCUAAGCGCACAAGCACACCACCUGCUCAGAGUGACAAUUUACUGAAUGAGACAAAAUCUCCUGCUGAAGAACAUGUGACAGUCGAGUCUGAUGGGGAAGAGUUUGAAACUGUGGAGCAAUAUGGGACGUCACCUAUAGAAAUAUGUCCCAAGCCAUCACAAAGUGAAAGAAGUGUAUUUGCUCCCCGUCCUACUAGUUCUUCAGAUGUGAUAAAUGUAAAUAAAGUUUAUGAUGAUUCUUGUCCAAAAGUUUCUAAAGCUUGCAGUGAUGGAGAUGCCUUAUCUCCAAUUCAAGAAAGACUGAAAUCUUCCGAAUCCUUGGUAGUUUCUGGAGAUUAUUAUUUUGAUGAUUCAAUGCCGUCCUCCUGCACAGAAAGCAAUGCAACUUCUCCAUUAAUAAGAGCUAAUAAAAUGGUGAAAACACAUCAUGUCAUUGUUGCUGAGCUGCAGAAGCAAGUAGAAGAAAAAGAUGGUGCCUUGGUUGGUGCCUCUAGCUCAUUGAAGAAUAGCCGCUCCAAUAUACUGAAGCUGCAUGCCAAAAUAUCUGCAUUACAGAGAUUUAUCCAAGAGCUGCAAGGUAGCCUGCGAAGUGAUCUAUCCAACUUGAAAGCUUUUGUGAAGGAAGAAAUUUUUGAAGGGAUGUCUGAAGUCUCUCAGAUUGUUGAAAAUAUCAAUACAACUAUGGUGCAGUUACAUCAACAAAUGCUCUCAGAAAAGGAAGAAGCAUUGAACAAAAUUAGAGACGAGUCUUCAAGCCUUGAAAACACUUUCCUACAGCGCCUCGAAGUAGAAAGUCAAAAACUUACUGAUGCUGAAAACCAGGUAUCAUAUUACGAAGAACAUUUGAGGCAGCUGACUUCAUCAUUAGCAGAUUUACGCCACGAGAAAGAACAGUUGGAGAGUGCAGUUUCCGCAAAAGAUGAAAAAAUAAGCAGCAUGAUGUUGGAGCAUGAACUUGAAUUGGAUUCUCUUCGAAAUCUGAUGAAACAAAAGCUUCAAGAUCAAGAUGAUAAUGUUCUUAGUAAAACAGAGGAACUUGCAGAAACAAAAGCUGUUAUUAGCAGGUUGCACUCAGAAAAGAGGGAACUGGAAGAAAAGAUUAGAGAAAAUGAUUUGGUUUCUGCUAACAUGUUACACCAACAAGAACUUGAUUUCUGUGAAAAAUUAAAAGAUGUAAAUGAAUUGCAGGAAAAAGUUGAGAAGUUGCAGGAGGUUCAAAAAUCCUGUAAGACUGCUGCAGAAGUAGAUGUUUUGUGCAGGGAUUAUGAAAAACAGAUUGAUGAAUUUAAAAGGCAGCUAUCAGAAAGCCAAAACAGUUUAGCUACCACAAAAGCAGAACUGGAAGAAAGUAAAAAGCAUGAGAUCCAAGCCUUAGAAGAAAAGCAUAAGAAUGAAAUUCAGUCUCUAAUUUCUCGCUAUAAAUUAGCAGUUAGUACAACUUCAAUCGAUCGAGUGCCGUCAAAUAUCAAUUUGGAGAAUCUUGAACCAGAGGCUGUUAUUGGAACAGAAGAUGUUAAGAAAAUCAUUUCUGAAGAAAGAAAUAAGUGGGAGUCAGAAAAAGAGAAAAAAAUAGCUAGUAUUCGGAUAGAAUAUGAAGACAGUCUUGAAAAACUAAGAGCUCGAUAUACAGCUGAAAAUCAGGUUUCGUUCAACAAGGCCAUUAAUAGGCUAACUAAAGAGAAGGAUGCUGUAAUUGAAGAACUGAGGUCUAAAAUUUCAAUAUUGGAAGCAAAAAAUGGUGCCAUAAAAGCUCAUUUAGAUAAAUGUGCUCUUUCAUUCGAAUUUCCCGCUCAAUCUGUAGAGGCAGUGCUGUCACAAAGUGAUUCCAGUGCAGCAAAUUCUUCUCAUGGCAGUAGUACACAUGCAAUCUUUUCCAAACUCAGACAGGAAUUGGAACCCUACUUUCAGUUAACAGAAUCCCUGAGCCUUUCUUCUGAAGGCCAGGAGAGCAUUGAAAUACUAAGAAAGAAAUUGAAAUUAAAAGAAGAAGAAUUUGAAAAACUAGCAACUAAAUUUAUCCAUGUUGCUGGGAGUCGUUCUAGACCUAGCUAUUCUUGUAAUGAUUGCAAACACAAAAUAUCUAUUUUCUCGUGUGAAGUUGGCGAUUUGAUACUUAUUUGCUAUGAAGAAAAGCAUGAAAAUUUCAUUGUUUUUCACUUGGGAAACUAUCAACACUUUCUUCACACUGAUAGCUUUCAGGCUCUAAAUUUAAAGAUUCCUAUUGGAUCAUCUGAGAGAUGGGCUGUUGGAACAAUUACUUCAAAGGAAUUUUGUAUAACAAAAAAACUUAACAAUAGAUAUAAAGUUGGCUUAGGAACCAAAUUUUAUCGAGUUAAGGUAAAGCCUUGGGACAGAGACAAGGCAUUAGAGGAAUUUGAGUUGCAUCAUAAUAAAGUUGAUCCAAAUAUUUAUGUGUCUAGAAUUUCUAGUGUUUUACCUGAACCUCAUCCUGCUGAAGAUACCAGUGAUGCAAGUGGUGCAAGUCAUAUGUCUGCGUCUGCCAUUUGACAAGUUGUAUUAGGUUUCCUAAAUUUUUAUCCCUUAAAAUAUCAGGAAUAUAUUGUGAUUCUGACUCAUGCCUGUAUUUGCGUAGAAAAAGUGUUUUAUCGGUUUGAGAAAAAAAUAUCAUGUAAAACUAGUGUACAUCACAGCUACAGUUGCACAAAUUCAAUCAAUAAAUAUUUUUUAACUCUCUUUAUUUAUUUUAUUUAGUAUUUGUGAGGCUUUCAACAAUGCAUAAACAAGAAAUAAGAAGUAAAUAAGUAAAAAUAAAUUUUUGUUCACUCCUCAGUUUUUAAAUAGUUGUUAUUGCUGUUCUACCCUCAGCAGAAGUUUAAAAUAAAUAAUUGACAACAGCAUUUUGUCUUCAGGCUUACUGAAUUUAAGCUCGAGUUUUCAUCAAGAACUUUCUCCAGUUGAAUCCGUUUUAUCCAUUGGCUAAAAUUGUGCCCUUUUGGAAUCUUAUUUAACAGCAAGAAUAUCUUUCAGGAUUCGUACGCUCUUUCAAAACUCCUCCAAUACUCUUUCAUUUAGGAAAGUUUUUUGAAGAGCCCUUCAAACUCCUUCAUUUUGGUUUUAACUCCUUCAAAACUCCUUCUCUUUUAGUUCAAGACUAUAUAAUCUUCCCCUAUGAGAGUAACUUAAAAUACUUCGAUCGACAACUAACUUCAUCACAAGGGCAAUUUUAAUGGAGUAUUUAUUUUUUUCAUAAAGAUGUGAUUAACAAAUUGAUUAUAGUUGCGUCAUAAAAGUUGAAGGUGAAAAUAUUAUUAAAUGACUAAGACAUUUCAUAAUUGAAGUUAAACAUGCUUAAAUGAUGUUUGGGUAUUUUUUAAAGUUUUAUGAUAAUUGUUUUUCCCUUGACCGCAGCAGCAGGCGUCAGGUUGUCUAAUUAUUAUUUAAAUAUUUAAAAAUACAUAAGCAGAUGUACUAUAUUAAGUGAUUGUGUUAAAAAAAAACAAUUGUUUAGUUUAGUAAAUUGCAGUUAUGAUGUAGUAAAAAGGGUCACCCACAUAUGAUGUCUUAAGGGAGAGAGGAACUCAUAAAAUUAUGACAAGGGGAAGAGAGAGGGUGACAAAAAGUGACAUCACAGUUAUAACAAUAUGUUCAUGAAAAAAAAAAGACAUGUGACAAAAGGAGGAGAAAAGUAAAGUGUGACGAAGGGGGAAGGGGUCGAUUGUGUAUAAAAAAAAGUGUUAUUCCAUUGGGCUGUUCCAAUUAAGGAUAGCCUAAAAGUACUCCUUCAAAAUCUCAUUUUACUCCUUCAAAAUUCCUUCAUUUAAUUUCUGAAAUUGAGUAUAAACCCUGUACUUUUUCUUUUAUUAGUUUUUUGUUCAGCUUUGCUCUUCAGAAUUUUGGAUUAAUAGCUAUAAAUUAAAAUAUGCUAAGUAGCAAAAUAAUUUCACAUAUCCUUACUGAAGGUCAUGUUUAAAGUUACAGCAUAGUUUGCACUUGUUAUACAGAAACACAGUAUGUUGAAUUUAUUUUAUUUGUUGCUUAUCAAAAUUCUCUUUAUUUAACAUAGUUCCUGUGUGUAAAUAUUUGAAAAGGGUUUUGACCUAUACAUUCAAGGUUUUUUUUUUUUUUUGAAUGAAUGAAUGAGCUGCCAUAAAGCUUUUUAUUGUCGAUGUGUUAACGUAUGAAAAGUGUUUAAAAAAUGUGCAAUUAUUUCUGCAUUUUACUUGCAAUUAGAUGAUUACUUAAAUAUCUGUUGGUUAUGAGAAUGUUGAUUUGAAACAGUGUGAUGUAUACCUUAUAUGUUUCGGCAUUAAAAAAAAACUCUGACGUUGACAAACAAUGUUUUGGCUUUCAGUUUGCUUGUUUUUCAAUACUGUGUUUGAGCAAACAGAAGACUAGGAUAGAUAGCAGGAACUAGAAAUGAAUCAAUGAAUUGGAAAACUAGUCAUCUCUUUAAAAAUUAUUUUUUCAGGAAAUGUAAAAAACUCUCCUUCUUUAUAACUGAAACCCAAAGUUACUAAUGUUUUUCUGAAUGGAACACAUCUAAUCAUCUGUUCAUCAUCCGUUUGUCGAUUUUGUUUGUAUUGCCACUUGGGAGGAUCCAAAUUUCAAAAUUAGUUUUAUAAUUUGAUUUUCUUUUGCUAACAGAUUUUCCAUUGCUUGUAGUGAGAUGUACCAUUUAUUUUGAUUUUAUAAAGCUCAUGCUUUCAAAUAUUGUUUUCCCAUUAUGAGAAAUUAAAAACUGAAGGACUACAACUGUCCAAAUUAGUCAUUCUUUAAAAAGAAAAUGUCAGUUUUUUGUCUUCCCUUUUAAUUAAUGUUUGAGAUAUAUGAAUCAUUUAUUUCAGAAAAGGCGAAAGUCCUACGGGAGUCUAUUGGACUUAUGCCCCUUCUGAAAUAAUUGAUUCACAUCUUGUCUAAGCUUUGUUCAUAACGUAAGCAAGAAUGAGAUGCAGUCUUCUAGAACUCCGGUAAGAGCAGUACAAUCUAGUGAAGAACAAAGUGAAAUUUAAUUUGGGGACAGCGGGACAUUUUUCUGACC